UUUGGGAGUCAAGCGGCUGAUCGUGUCCGCGCUGCUCCGGGGCCUGACUAUGGUUCACACCUGCGUGGUGUCCGGCUGCAGGAACAGAAGGACGCCUGGAAGCUCGCUGUCCUUCUACCGCUUCCCGCGGGACCCCGACAGGAAGCGGCGCUGGAUCACCGCCGUCAACCGGCAGGGCUGGAAGCCCAACGACGGCAGCCGCCUGUGCAGUACUCACUUCAUCUCAGGUAAACAGGUGAAGAACCCGCGUUCACCAGAUUAUGUUCCCUCUGUGUUCUCGACAGCUGCCUUAAACUCAGACAUGAAGGAGCCGUGUGCCUUAGAGCUUCAGGAUAAGCAGGAAGCACAAGUGGAGGCUGCCAAUGCCCUGCUGUUCCUGCAGAGCCAGGGCAGGUGUCAGGUGGGCGAGCGGCACGAGUCCCGGCGUCUUGAGGAGGCAGCUGUGGAGGACAGUUCUUCCUCCUCCCUCAGCACAGAGGAGGACGAUGAUGACGAUGACGACAAUCAGUCUGCAAGCAACAGCAAGAAAGGAAGGUUUACCCACAGAUGUGAUGUACAGGUCAACUUUGAUGACAUCCUCAAAGCCCUGAAGAAGGAGAACCAGGCUCUCAGGGAGUCUGUGGAGAAAAUGUCCCUUUCUGAGAAUUCUCUGAGGAAUGAUGCAGAGAAGGUGAAGUUUUACACGGGUUUACCCAAUUAUUAUGUGUUGGAGACAGUCAUGUGGCUUCUCGCUCCCCACAUGGAUGGCAUCAAGAACAUGAAGCUCUCCAAAUUCCAGCAGCUGCUACUGACUUUGAUGCGACUCCGUCUGGAUCUCCGAAACCAAGACCUUGCCUACCGCUUUGGCGUGAAGGUGGGCACAGUAACCAGAACAGUGCACCGCAUGGUCAACAUCAUGUCCUCCACUCUGGUACCAACAGCAGUGUUUUGGCCCUCCAGGGCGGAGCUCCGGAAAAACCUCCCAGCAGCCCUGCAUUCUUCUCACCCUGACUGCGUCGUCAUUGUCGAUUGCUUCACUGUGCCCUUUGAAGAGCCGGUAUUCCAAGGCAGCCAGCAGCACAGGGUGGCGUCGAGCUCUCAGGGCAUAGGGACAAGUCACAACGUGUUGAAGUACCUGAUUGGCGUGGCUCCGCAGGGCGUUGUCACCUUCGUGUCAAGGGGUGCACUGGGAAACGUCAGUGACAAGUGCCUGGCUGAGGGCUGCGGGCUUCUGUGCAAGCUCCUGCCAGGUGACGUUGUGUUAGCGAGUCGCGAUCUUGACAUUUGCGAGUCUGUGGCCGCCCGCGGAGCUGUGUUUCAAAUUUCCAGCAACUACAGUGACAAAGGGGAAGCACAUGGGAUGUCAGAGAGCUCGGCACCGCCUGAGGCAUCGGCCGAUACAGCGACCGUGCACGAUCACGUGGAGAAGGUGAUCUCCAUGGUGAAGCAGAGGUACACCAUGCUCACGGGCCCUGUGGAGAGCCCCUUCACCACGGCCUCGGAGCGCACGUCGAACCUCUCCACCUUUGAUAAGAUUGUCCAAGUGGCCUGUGCCUUAAACAACCUGUGCAUCUCCGCGGCUCCGCUGGAGUGACUGGCACAGGAGAGCUCCUCAGGCGCGCGUGUCCCCUUUACUGCUGUGGUCCUUUAAGUCCCCGAAUCAACACUUCCGCUUUAGUAUGGAGAGUUUAGUUUAUAUCCCAGUGUAUACGGCCAUCCGUGUCAUAGAUCAGAUCACUUUAGAAACGGGAUCAUCUUUCCCGACAUUCUGUGUUAACUCCGAGGUGUUACCACACAAUCUAAGCUUUUAGUCAAACUUUAUAUGUGAUUUUAGAACAAAAACCACCAUACAUAAAACACUUUGAUUACAGUUUUUGAGAAUUUUAUGUUUUAGUCACUGAUGGGCAUUUUUGUAUUUUUAUUUGUUAAAAAUUUGUUUUAGCAGAUAACUUUAGACUUUAGUAUCUCCGAAAAGAAAUCAUGGUUAUUUUGAGAUGAUGGGCUAAAACAAAGGAAAAUUUUACAGGAAGUGACAGAUUUUAUGUAAUUCUAAAGUUAAUAACAUUCACAAUAUUAUAAUGCUGUUAUAUCAGAAUUUUUUGAUUUUGUGGGAAAGCCUACUCUGAUUUGUUGAGAAUGUGAAGAGGUUCCAAUUAAAUGAAAGACCAAAAAUAACAACCUUAAAAAUCUGCAAAAAUGCGACAGAAAUUAAUACGUUUGACAACACAGUCACCACAUUAUCUCUCCGAAAUUAAAAGGUUAUUUGUAUGGAAUUUUCUCUUUGUUAUACUCAAAAAAAAAAAAAAAAAACUGACUGAAUUUGUCCCUUU